AUGGCUGCUUCGUCAGACGACAGCAAGACGGCGCCAGCCCCGGACCCCGUCGAGACGAACAGCAUCUCGGCCAGCAGCGGCGACGACGAUGUCAUUCCCAAGGGCGCUCUCGACCCCGUGUACGAGGCAAAGGCCAGGGUGCUGAAUCGUGCUAUCCAAGACAUCGGGAUGGGAUGGUACCAAUGGCAGCUCUUUGCCGUCGUCGGAUUCGGCUGGGCGUCGGACAAUCUGUGGCCCAUCGUGACAUCCCUCAUCUUCACCCCCGUCAGCAACGAGUUCUCGCCCAACCGCCCGCCGCUCUUGACGCUCGCCCAGAACAUUGGUCUCCUGGCCGGUGCCGUCUUCUGGGGCUUCGGAUGCGACAUCUUCGGCCGCAAGAUUGCCUUCAACUUCACGCUGGGCCUGACUGCGCUCUGGGGCUUGAUCGCCGCGGGAGCGCCCAACUUUGCGGCCAUUGGCAUCUUUGACUGCUUCUGGUCUUUUGGCGUGGGAGGCAACCUGCCCGUGGACUCGGCCAUCUUCCUCGAGUUCCUGCCCCAGACGCACCAGUAUCUGCUGACGGUCCUGUCCGUUGACUGGGCCGUCGCCCAGGUCGUUGCCAACCUGGUGGCUUGGCCUCUGCUGGGCAACCUGACGUGUGCCCAAGACGAGAAGCCCUGCCUCAAGCACAACAACAUGGGCUGGCGCUACUUUCUGAUUGCCAUGGGCGGACUCACGCUGCUCAUGUUUCUGGCUCGAUUCGGGCUCUUCUCUCUCUACGAAUCACCCAAGUACCUCAUGGGCAAGGGCCGAGACGAGGACGCCGUGCGCGUUGUCCACGAGGUGGCCAGGCGCAAUGGCAAGACGAGCACCCUGACCAUCGAAGACCUCAAGGCUUGCGAGCCCGAGGGCUACGUGGCCCAGACGGACCUUUCCACCGCUGUCAAGAGACACUUGGUUGAGCAGAUUGACACCACACACGUCAAGGCUCUGUUUUCUACCUUCAAGCUUGGGCUGUCCACCGGCCUCAUCGCCGCCAUUUGGGCUCUCAUCGGCCUCGGGUUCCCGCUGUACAAUGCCUUUUUGCCCUUUAUCCAGGCCAACAAGGGCGUCGAUUUUGGGGAUGGAAGCACGUACAUUACGUACCGUAACAGUCUGAUCAUUGCCGUGCUUGGUGUUCCCGGAGCCCUCAUUGGAGGCCUGCUUGUCGAGCUGCCCAGGAUCGGCCGCAAAGGAACGCUCGCUCUGUCUGCGGCUCUGACGGGCGUCUUUUUGUACUGCUCCACGACUGCGAAGAGCAGCGAAUCGCUCCUCGGAUGGAACUGCGCCUACAACUUUUGCAGCAACGUCAUGUAUGCUGUCUUGUACGGGUAUACCCCUGAGAUUUUCCCGACGCCUCAGCGAGGCACCGGCAAUGCCAUUGCUGCUACUGCCAACCGAGUCUUUGGCAUCAUGGCUCCAAUUAUUGCCAUGUUUGCCAACCUCGAGACGUCUGCGCCAGUGUACACGAGCGGCGCCCUGUUUAUCGCGGCCGGCAUUCUCACCCUUUUCCUGCCGUUUGAAUCGAGAGGCAAGGCGGCUCUGUAG